AACGCUUUUAGCCUCAGCUAGUAGAUGUAGACAGGAGCCCAGUAAACUGUUACCAUGGCAGACAGGGGACGAAAAUUGCUCUCUGUGAGCUUUGAGGUCUAUGGGAAAGUUCAAGGUGUAUUUUUUCGCAAGAACACCAAGGAGACUGCGGACAAGCAUAGACUGAGAGGAUGGGUGAAGAACACUGACCGAGGCACAGUGACAGGGGAGGUGCAGGGUCCUGAAGAGGAUGUCUCAGUCAUGAUGAAUUGGCUUCAGAAUACAGGAAGUCCCAAGUCAAAAAUUGAGAAAUGUGAAUUUUCAGAUAAAAAGACAAUUGAGAAGUAUCACUUUACAGGGUUUGAGAUUGUGAGGAAAACGAAAAAAAAGACAAGAUGACCCAGCUGAUCUGACUGGGAUGCAUUUUCAAUGUGUUUUGUAUUCUGCUGUAUGAAUGAAUUACCAAUGGACCUACAGGACCUGCUGUCUUGGGUGAGGAUUGGUUUUCAUCAACACGCUUUUAGUACGAGUGAAGAGGAAAUUGCAAAGAUGGAUGCUCAUGUCCAUCACUGAAUUGUCUGGUACAAACUCAGUUAUUUACAAACCACCGUCCUUUAAUUGAAAAUGUGCUGAGUACGACUUUAAAGAAGAAGCAAACCAACUUUCCAGGUAUAAUUUCUGCAGAGGGAGGCCUUCAGUAAACAUCAGUAAAUGCUGGAGUACUGGUAUGUAUCAAGGUGCGUCACAUACAGUUCACUGUCCUUUGUACCCCAAAAUGUGAUAUAGUUGCGCAUUUCAAUGUUGAUGCGAUAAAGAUAUCUAUAUUUGGAAAAUGGAUUAUUCUGUCCUUUCACUAGGUAUAAGUUCAUAAAGCAACAUCAUGAUAUCUAAAACUCUGGACACGGUGACCCAUGACAAUGGUAAUGAGUUGUGGAAAUGACUUGUGAAAGACAGUCACAUUAUUUCCAUAUUAUGAAGCAUGUUUAUAUGUUAUUUAUUUAAUUUAGUGUAUCAAUAAAUGGUCAAAAGAGAA